AUGAAUUGCUACUGCUUCAUACCAAAGUUAAUACAAACUGACAAGGAUAAAUGCAUUAUAUUUUAUAAAACAGUUGCACAAAGUUUAAUAGAUGAUGAUGCUAUAAAUAACAUUAAUAUUAUUACACUUAAUACUAGUGCAGAGGAAUCACUGUAUCAAAUUAUAAGACAAAUAUAUUCUCCCCUCCUUGCUACAGGAGAGGAUCUGUACUCUACCAAAUUACUGAAAAACUUAACUGAGCUUGAAUCAAAUUUGAGAAUACUUACGCAGGGAAAAAAUGAUUCGAAAACAAAUGUUAUCUUAUCAAUAAGUGAUGAAGUGGAGUAUUGGAAAACAAUCAGUCAAUUAAGAGAUUCAACAAAGAAAGACCGUGAGGCAGCAUCUUCAUUUUGUGUUCUGUUUGAAGAUGUUUGUGAAGAACUAAGAUCAAUACAAUCCGGUAACAUGCAAGAGAUACGCGAUUCUUCUGAAAGCAUAGCUGGUAUACUCGACGAUGUAUGGAGGUACACACCCGUUUUGUACACUCAGGAGAGAAUGGUGCAUAUUUUUGAUAUUGUAGGUCAUUCUCUCUGUUCCGUUAUACAAACAGCUGUGUCAAAGUUAGAAAUAUGGAAACCGUCUGAUGGACUUAAAGACAAUCAAAUUCUGAUAUUCUUAUCUGAAAGUUUAAAUGCAGUGCAGAUGUGGAUAAGCGCUUGCAAGGGGCUUACAGACACGUAUUGGCCUAACUACGCUUUACACACGUGGAAGGGAAAGUCAUAUGUUCCAACGUUGUGUGCGAAUUUUCAAAGAAGACUGCAACAGGUCCACGACAUCAGAUCUAUAUACAACCAACUGAGUAAAUUACUAACAACAGCAGAGAAAGUAGAAUUAAAUACUGGCAAAUUGUUUGAACCCUUCGAAAAAAUAAAUGUUUGGAUCUGCAACGGGCCUGCUCAAUAUUGGGACGACGCUGUGGCGAAGUUCUCGGCUAAUUUAAGACCAGCUGAAACGAAGAUAGCUGAAAAACUAAAGCCUAGACUGCAUAAUACAUCUACGAAACAGAUGUUGUACGAGUUCACUCGUUACAAAAUCCUCAUAACGAGACCCACUAUUAAACAUGCGAUGACCAAUGAAUUGGAAUUGUUUGUGUCAUCUCUUCUGGUUAUGUUAAAGAACAUACGCCGUCAAAUUGAUUCUGACCAAGUCGACGUGCAGAUGUACCAACCGCCAGAAAUGUCGCAAAUAGUUCAACACGUGCAGUGGGCUAAGCAAAUGGAGUCUAAGGUGAAGGAAAUACAAGAUUGCGUAGACAACUAUUUGAAGGAGUUUGAAAAAAGUUCAGAGGUGUCGCUACUGGCGUCGCAAAUGUUGAAAGACCUCAAAACUAUGUACACUCAGUUACAUGAGGAUUGGUGUAGAGAUUUGCAGGCCCAAGUAAAAGACGGUUCGCUACAGCUGUCAGUAGACAAACCGGUUGUGGAGUUCUCAAAAGAAACUCAAUUAAUGGAGGUGAACUUCAAUCCUCGUCUCGUUCGCACCGAACUUGAAGCUCGUUCGCUUUGUGCGCUGGGGUUGCCACCACCGGCCGCUGCUAGCGCGCUUGAUUCUUUGACAACUGCCCUGCGUUACGCGAGAGCACUGCAACAGGUUGCAUCAUUUCAUAAUACCUUGGGGGAGCGAAUGAUUCUCUUCCACCCGGCCGAUGAUGCUGCAAGCUGCUCUCGAUCUCUCGGAUCUUGUUCAAAAUCAAAAACCCGUAUUCUGGAACGAUGA